CAAUAGCAGUUCAACGGUAGCUAGCAGGUAGAUACCAAGCCAACGGCAAGGUGAGACUGAAGAUAAUCCUCUGGAAGUAGGAUGGACAUUAUUCAGGAAAAUUGAUUGAUUGGUGUUCACUUUUUUCAGUGAAGAAAAAAUGUCCAGUAGAAGCCAGCACUAUGGGUUCCAGUCAGCCACCAUGGUGCAGCCUGCCAAUGGCGGCCAUGCCUAUCUGUUUGGAAACAAUGGCUCAGAGAAUGACCUGUCAGAGGAGGAUGGGGAGAGCUAUGAGCUGCGGCCUCGUGGCAGAGAGAGGCUACGGAGGAGCACCUCCAGAGAGAGGAUGGACGAUAUAAUCUACCUGACCAGAGAUAUCCAGGAGGGUGACACACUGAACAGCAUUGCCCUGCAAUACCAUUGCUCGGUGGCUGACAUUAAGCGUGCCAACAACCUCUUGACAGAGCAGGACUUCUUUGCCCUGCGUUCUGUUAAGAUUCCUGUGAGGCGCUUCAGCGUCCUCACUGAGACACACAGCACUGGACCUCUUAAAUCUGCCUCCCCCUCAGGUGCCAGGCACCUGCCUCAGAUCUCACCCGUUACCUCCCUCCCCUCUGAGUCCUCCACAGACUCUUCUUCUUCUACCGACAGUGUGGAGGGAUUCCUCCUGGAGAAGGACAAGGACAUUGAGCGGCUGGUGAAAUCCACAGGUCCGUCUCGGAGCAGCUUGAAUGAGGUUGUUUCCUCCUUAACGCUACAGCAGCAGCAGCCACUGCUAGCAGAAGUAGAGUAUAAACCAGCACAGAGGAAGGACCCUUAUUAUGGGGCAGACUGGGGCAUGAGAUGGUGGGCGGCAGUGGCCAUCAUGCUGGUUGUUGGUAUUGUCACGCCUGUGUUUUAUCUGCUGUACUAUGAGGUUAUUAUGAAAGCUGAUGUCAGCCAUCAUGGCAUUCCUACACAAGCUCAUGGCGAAAUGCCUCAUGGACAUCUCCAUGACAAUAAUUUGGACCCUCCUGUUUGAGGAGACAACCAUACAGGGGCUGGACCUGGACAUCAUGCUGGAAAUGUGGUUAAAUGAGAUCCCCAGGGAUCCGGUGUGGACAAAGCAGCAGAGGGUGAACACGGCGGGUAUGAGAAAACAUAGCAAAGGAUUAUUACUUUACAUACAAGUUUGUUGCUAACUCAGAGACUUAAUAAAAUUGGAUGGAUGUUUCCAUUUUUUAACUUAACUUUUUGACUUAAUACAUCAAUGCAAUCUGUCUGACUGGGACAGUCACUUUACUGUGCAACAGUCAUUUUUAUAGGGUUGACAGACUAGGAAUAAGGGUGUGGCCACAAUCAUUCCUUGUGUCUGUCCAUUUACGUUUAUAUGCUUUUCAACAAAAAGCAUAGAUGGGCUGAACAUGGGUCCAACUGUCUAUGCCAGAUGUGUGUCGCAUGACAAGCAAAUGUUAUAAUAAGCUGAACUAAUUGGAACUGAUGGAAAGGUUUCAGAGUUUCUGUCAUCAGUGAAGCCAGGAGAACUCAGGGGAUGUUUUUGUCAUCACCUGGGCUGCUGCAUUUUCCUAAAGCGCCAUACAAAUUGUGUCAAACAAGUUCAAAAACAAACCAAGAGAGAAAGCAAAACUCUAACCUCUUUCUUCUGUGAUGGAUCAGUGGCCAUACCCUAAGACAGUCAAUAAUUCUGUGGAUUUGGUUUGAGAAACCAAAUCCACAGAAUUACUCUCAGACUUACUCUGUUCCAACUGUAUUUUUGCCAUGUUAGUAAUUUUUCAAUACUAUUUGUUGGAAAAGUAUGAUUGCUGCCAUUGUGUUUAAUACAGAAUUAAUUUAUUUCACGACUAUUGAGCAUUCGUUUUUACUUACACUACCAGUAUUGAGAGCUACCAGUUAAAUUAUGUUUCUGAAAUUCAAUGAAAUUUGCUUGAAUUUUUCUCCCUUUGAUCUUGCCUGGAACUGCUUUUUUUUUUUUUUUUUUUUUUUUUUAAUUAAAAAA